ACAAUAGAGAUAAGUUAAUACCUGUUGUAUUAUCAUAAGUGUGGUCGAUUGUAAUUAAUUUUACGCUUAUUGGGACUCACAAGAGUGUUAAUUUCAACUUAUUUGCAAUUUAAACUGUUUUUUUCAAGCAUCAUACAAGCAUGAAAAUGGAGGACAAGACAAGUGUGACGUCAUUUUUCUUAUGUCAACGUCUUACAUCGAAUUUUGGGGUACCCAAACAAACCACAAAAUAAUCACUUGCAGGCAAAAAUACAAUCAAAAAAGACUCAGUCACACUUGAGUUAACUACAAACAAUGAUAUUCUUUACCUAAGUAUUUUUUAUUAAUAAAAAAAUUCGAGGUAAGGAGUUGACAAUUGACAUUUGACAGUUUGACAGCACGCCGGUAAUUUUGACAGAACAAAACAUCGAAAAAAAUGUCUUGCAUUGUUUGGGGAUGUUCCAACAGCAACAUCGCAACAGCGGACCCGUCAGUCCACUAUUAUGUUUUUCCCAAACACCCUGUAAUAGCCCAACAAUGGAUACAAGCCUGUGGGUGGCCUCCAGACCAGAUCGAUGCCAACAUAGCUCAAGUUUGUUCACUGCAUUUCGACGAAGACAGUUACACGACCGAAGUGAAAAUUAUCGAUUACAUCACUUGUUACACAAAAGUAUUGAAAUUUGACGCAGUCCCUACACUCUUCUUACCAACACAAACCGAAAUUAUUAUUAAAGAUCCCAAAGAGGAGCUUCAAGAAAUGAUAAUUUUCACAGUGCCUGCAGAACAAGAAACCGAGUUGCAAGUACAAAAUGUGGAAAAGUUGCCACAAGAAGUCAAUAAGGAAAAAUAUAAACAUAUAGUUACAAAAGAACAGUUGGCAACACUUGAAAAUUGCAAUAAAACAAUACGGGAGAAGAUGGCAAGACUGGAAAAUAGUAUAAAACAUCUCAGAAACGUUUUAAAUAAUCAAAUCGAAACGUACAAAUCGAAAGACUUGGAAUUGUCGAAUUUGCAUCACGAAUAUUUGAAAGCUAAACGUUCGUAUUUGACAAUUCAUGAACAAAAAGUGUUACUCUCGAAAGUGUUUUCCGAAUCACAAAUUAAGAUUUUAUCAGGGAAGAAAAAAAUUUAUUGGAGUGAUGACGAUAUGGCUGUUGGUUACACAAUCAGGCAUUUAAGUAACAGAAGGUGUUACAUGUAUUUGACGAAAAAGUUAAAUUUUCCCCUACCGGCAGUAUCAAGUAUUAAAAGAUGGAUGACUCUGAAAAAUGGGAGUCGUAAGAAGAGUCCCACAACCACUGGAAGUCCCAAAAAGGACGAGGAAAGCGAAUAAAACUGGUGUCAUUUUUUACAAGCCUACUCCAAACUACAUAAUUGCUCAACCCGAUGAUAUUAGCCGCGUUUAAGGCCGCCGCUUCGGGAUACAGGACCGUACUACACCCUAAUCCUGAGGGCACAUUUAAACUCGACCAAACAUCCCUAUCAACAUUGUCAGAUUUAAGUGGUGGACAGUUAAUGACCGGGAAUGGGGAAUUCCCCGAAACCACUGGUCCCAAACCGUUCGAGCGUCCCGCCACUGCAACGAAAACAACUUUCAAAGGAAGAGAUUCAUAAUAUCGGACAAUUUUGAUCGUUUCAUCUGUGCCUUUGUGUGCCGAAGUGACUCGUAGUUCGGUAUUAAGGCCGAGUUUCUCGCAGUGUUUUUGGAUGGUUUUGCAAUGGUCGGCGUCGGAGGGACUACCCAUGAGGAUGACGAUAAGGUGGUCGUUAGGUGGGGCAAGAUGGUCCAGUUGGUCAACGAUCCAUUCAAAGUUGCGUUUGACAGUGUCGAGAUCAGAGGAGGUGACGGUGGUAAGGUUACGGUAGACUUGUUUGUCCACCAUGAGGCGCUUGUCUCCGGAGGGCCAAAGACGCCAGCUGUCGGAGUCGAUCACGUCGGCCACGAGAAUCUCACCUUUAAGCAAAUUAAAAUAAAGAAAUAAAGCAGGAUUUUAUUUAAAUUUCCCGCCUCGACGCAGCGCCCUCUAUUAUCGCUGAAAUUUUAUUUUUUGUAUAUUCAAAGCUUAGUUUUGAGGAUAAUUGGCAUUUUUCUUAUUAUUUCAUUGAUUAUGUUUCAGCUAAUUAAAAAAAAAACAAAAUGUAAUUUAAAUUUCUCGCCUCGAUGCAGCCAGCCAUUUAUUUAUUUAUUUAUUUUGUGUUCAUGUAGAGACACUUUUCAUGCUUAGUUUUGAGAAAUUGUCAUUUUUUUUAAUUAUUUCAUUGUUUAUGUUUUAAAAAAUCAGCUAA